AGGUCCCAAAGGCCAGAUAAUAGGCUGGGCCCUCCCCUCAGCUCCCAGCUCUUCCCCACCCUCCUUACCAAGUGCUCGUGGGCGGGGCCUGCAGAGUGGGACUGCGAUGGCGGCAGAACAGGAAUCCGAGGUGCGGCCACUGCUCACCGACCUCUACCAGGUCACCAUGGCGCUGGGCUACUGGCGUGCGGGCCGCGCACAGGACCAGGCCGAGUUCGAGCUCUUCUUCCGCCGCUGCCCGUUCGGCGGUGCCUUUGCCCUGGCCGCGGGGCUGCGCGACUGUCUGCGUUUCCUGCGUGCCUUCCGCUUUCAGGAUGAAGACUUGGAGUUCCUGGCUUCCGUGCUGCCCCCAAACACAGACCCUGAGUUCUUCGAGCACCUUCGAACCCUUGACUGCUCCAGGGUGACAGUACGGGCUUUGCCUGAGGGCUCCCUCGCCUUCCCAGGAGUGCCAUUGUUGCAGGUGUCAGGGCCACUACUGCUGGUUCAACUGCUAGAGACCCCGCUGCUCUGCCUGGUCAGCUAUGCCAGCCUCAUUGCCACCAACGCAGCUCGACUUCGACUGAUUGCAGGGCCUGAGAAACGGCUGUGGGAGAUGGGACUGCGACGUGCUCAGGGCCCUGAUGGGGGCCUCACCGCUUCCACCUACAGCUACCUGGGUGGCUUCGAUGGCAGCAGCAACGUACUGGCAGGACAGCUUCGGGGCGUGCCUGUGGCCGGGACCCUGGCGCACUCUUUCAUCACUUCCUUCUCUGGCACUGAGGUGACCCCUGACCCGAUGCUGGCUCCAGCUGCUGGCCAGGGUCCCAAGGUGAACCUAGUGACCUGUGUGAAGGUGUGGCUAGAACGUGUGUGUGCCCAACUAGGUCUGGGGCUACAGGAGCCGCACCUGGGGGAACGGGCGGCCUUUGUGGCCUAUGCCCUGGCCUUCCCCCAGGCCUUCCAGGGCCUGCUGGACACCUACAGUGUGCUCAGGAGUGGGCUGCCCAACUUCCUGGCAGUUGCCCUGGCGCUGGGGGAGCUGGGAUACCGGCCGGUGGGUGUGAGGCUGGACAGUGGGGACCUGCUUCAGCAGGCCCAGGAGAUCCGUGGCAUCUUCCAGAACAUCUCGGCCCAGUUUCAGGUGCCCUGGCUGGAGUCAGUCUCCAUCGCUGUCAGCAACAACAUUGAUGAGGAGGAGCUGGCCCGGCUGGCCCAAGAGGGCAGCGAGGUGAAUGUCAUUGGCAUUGGCACCAGUGUGGUCACCUGUCCUCGCCAGCCUUCCCUGGGCUGUGUCUACAAGCUGGUGUCCGUGGGUGGCCAGCCUCGAAUGAAGCUGACUGAGGACCCUGAGAAGCAGACACUGCCUGGGAGCAAGUCUGCCUUCCGGCUUCUGGGCCCCAAUGGGUCUCUGUUGCUGGACCUGCUGCAGUUGGCAGAGGAGCCACCUCCUCAGGCUGGCCAGGAGCUGAGGAUCUGGCCGCAGGGAGCUCAGGGGCCUUGUACCGUGAGGCCAGCCCAUGUGGAGCCCCUGUUGCAACUCUGGCUCCAGCAUGGACAGCUGUGUAAGCCCCUCCCACCACUUGCAGAAUCCAGAGCCUUUGCCCAACAGUCCCUGGGCCAGCUGAGCCCUGAGCACAGGCGGAUGGAGCAACCAGCAGUCUACCAGGUGGCGCUGUCAGAGAAACUCCAGGCCCUGGUGCACAGACUGAGUGCCCUUGGGGCCCCCUGAGGAUCCUGAGAUGGGGAGCUGCUUUGGGGAAACAUGAGUCAUUCACUGUCCCACAA